CCCUGCGCGGCGGCCUCGGCUGCUGCUGCUGAAGAGGCCGGAGCCGGGCGGGGGGCCGAAGAGGAAGGUGCUGAGGGAGAUUCGGAAGCGCGCGAGCCCGCCCAGCCCCGAGGAGCCGUUGAGCGGGGCGCGCGAGGGUUGUCUGGCUGUAAUUCUUCCAAAUCCACCAAAGCCUUGAUAUUUGGUUUGUGAAAUCAACCCAGCAGCAUCCACAAGGAAUGGAGAAAGUUGUUUCAACUGCUUUAUCAGAACAAGAGAAAGAACCCAAGGAUGGUGAGGAAAAAGCUGUGCUGAUGACUGUGGUGUCAAACAAUGAUCUUGCUUCCCUUGAGUCUUCCCAAGAUGAGGAGAGAACAGCUGUCUUUUUGAAAGAUGCAAAAACACCUCCAAAUAGUAUGGCUCUGUUGAGUCCAUCAAAGGAAAAGGAAAUUGGUCUCAAGGAGACAGUCCAUAGUUCUUCCAAGAAACCAGAAGCAAUUAAUAGAGAGGGAAAAGGAACCGAUGUGAUGGGUAGCCCUAAAGAGGAUCCCAGCUUUUUGUUAUCAUUCACUCACCAAGAGCCAGAUGGUACCUUGGAAGCCUGUGCAAAGACAGAUGAGCUCAGUCCUUCUCUUGGUGUUGUCACCAUUACAGAUCGCAGGAAGGAAUCCCGCAGCAAGGCAGAGCACCGCUUGAAAUUUAGGAAAGGCUGUUACAAAGCAGAUUCAAGAAGAUCAGCGGAUCAAAGAAGCACGACUGUUUUGUGGGACUACUCUACACAGGAGACAGUGGGCAGAGUCUCCAAAGAAGAAAGCACUUUAGAAAGACUCCCUGGUUUGAAAGAUUCAGAGAGCACUAAGGAUAUCUCAUGGAAAAAUCCUUCUUACUCAGAAGAACCUACUUCUGCAGUGGAAUCUAACAUUAUGAAAACUGUGCAAAUGAAUACUGAUGAUCAAGAAGGGGAGCUUGAGCACUUAGAACCUGGAAUGGCAGCUGGGGAAGUUUCUCCACAACUUGAUGGUGCACAGACUGUUAGUGGGGAUGAAAGAUAUCACAGCAAUGAACCAAAGCAGCUAGAAUCCUUCAGCAAAGAGCACUUAGACAGAAAGCAAGAAUUGGAAAAUAAGGGCUUUCAGACACUUGACUGGCUUUCUGAGCACAAUGAAGGGCUUGGUCCUCCCUAUAGAAGCAUAAAUAAGCCAACAGAUGUAGCAACAAACCUAUCUGUCAGGGGACAGUUGGCACGAGAAGCUUCUUUACUGGCUCUGCCAGUAUUUAGAAAAACGCUAAAACCUCACCUAAGUAAAGCAAAGACUGCUGAGAGUGCACCCUCCCCAAGGAAGGGACAGGCAAUGAACUCUGAUUUGGGUGAUGUAAGUCCUGGCAACACAGCUGAAUGGGCAUUGCAAACAUCAGGGAUUCAAACUGCUACGGACCUGGCUGUCCGUAAACGCACUUGGAGCAUUAGGGGCAGAGAUACUGUGGAACAUGUUCGCCCAAGGUCUGCAGAGUCUCCUACCGGCAGUGCUUAUGAUGAUGAGACAAGGCCCUAUAUAUCCAGUCUCCUGCUGGAUGAACAGGGGAAAGAGGAUAUAGGCCAGGAGGAGGAUCCCACUGUGUAUACAUGCAUUGAGUGCAGCAUCUAUUUUAAGAUGAAGGAACAUUUGAUGGAUCACAUGCUUCAGCAUAACAGAGGACUAGAUCUGGAUCAAGACAGAGAGGAUGCUGAAGAUCAAUGUCAGUUGACUUGUAAUGAGUGUGGAUGGGCUUUUGGGGACAUUGAUUCUCUAGAGCAGCACAGGAGACUCCAUCAGGAGUCACGAGAAAAAAUAAUUGAGGAAAUUCAGAAGCUUGAUGAAUUUCCGGAUGAAGGACGUGAUGCCAGGCUACAAUGCCCAAAAUGUGUGUUUGGCACUAACUCCUCUAAGGUGUUUGUCCAGCAUGCAAAAAUGCAUGUCAGGGAGAGGAAGGACCAAAGUUUGAAGCAUGUGAACUUGUUUGGCAAUUCUGGAGGUAGUGAACCAAGAGACAGCUCCAUUCACAAUAUAUACAGACACUUCCGGCCAAAUGAGCGUCUUCCUCAAACGACACAUAUGCACAGUAGCAACAAAGGUCAUAGCACUUGCAUGCUUUGCAGCUUUCCUGCCCCAAAUGACAAUAUUUUAAAAGAACACAUGAAAUACACUCAUUCACAAUUGCCAUGGAACACAGAGACUUUUGAAGCAGAUAUGAAUCAGCCUGGAACUAGUAGGGAUACCUACAGCCCUAACAGGUCCAGUCGAUUUUCAGAAAGUGAUUAUUUGAGCAAAGCAGACAGAUUCUUUCCCCAAUCCCACGGUGAGAUCAUUUAUGACUCUCCCCCUCCCUUUCCAGGGGGGCAUCACAGACUUAAUAAAAGUAAUGGCAGUAAUAAGAAAGAAAUUCCAAAGCCUGGCUUUCGGGCUAGGAAACGAGCUCCCUAUAGCACCUCACAGAAGAUCUUGGAGAUGUCCUCUCUUACCUCAGCAAACGCUUACUCUCCACAUGCCCUAAAAGAAAGGAAUAAAAGCACAAUGCUGCCACUUGAUUCUGAGAGGGAGAACGCCAAAAGCCACCCAGGUGUGUUAGAAGAACUCCAGCACAAGUGGUUACCCAUAAAUGAUGUUAGGAGUAUGGAAGAAGAAUUCCCCUUAGCAACAGAAAUACAGUUAGCAGAGAAUAGAUACUUCAGGCCCUUUGCUAUUCCUCAGUCCGCCUUGGACCUCAAAAGGACUUUCAGGGGCACUUUGAAAGCAAUAGAUUUUUCAGUAGCCUCAGCAGGACAGCAGCACCAGUUACGUCAGAUGGUUCCUAUUGUAAUUGUUGAGGAGAUUAAUCUUUAUCGCAGAAAGGUGAAACGACCCAAGAUGAAAACUCUCAAAAAAAAGGUGUUGCCUCUCUCCCGAGAGUUUGGAAUGGAUGAGCCCCCUCCCCUAGGUGUCUUCCUAUUAGAUUCCUCUCUAGAAGGAUCUCUAGAACUGGAUGACCUUCUGGAUGCAGAUUCGUCGAUGUUGAAGAAUGAGGAGAGGAAAUGCCCAUACUGUCCUGACAGGUUCCACAAUGGGAUUGGCCUAGCCAAUCACGUGCGGGGCCACCUGAACAGGGUGGGUGUGAGCUACAAUGUCCGUCACUUCAUCUCUGCAGAAGAAGUGAAAGCUAUUGAGCAAAAAUUUUCCUUCCAAAAGAAGAAGAAAAAAGGUAUUGCAAACUUUGAUCCGGGCACCUUCAGUUUAAUGAGAUGUGAAUUCUGUGGGGCAGGCUUUGACACACGUGCAGGCUUGUCCAGUCAUGCCAGGGCCCACUUGAGAGAUUUUGGUAUCACCAAUUGGGAACUUACCAUCUCACCAAUUAACAUCCUGAAGGAGCUAUUGGCCAAUUCUUCAGAACAUCCUAUGCUUCAAUCUGCACUAGGAACCGAUCCUUCAUCUCCAAAUCAAGACAGAGAGAUGCUUGGCUUUAGGCCCUGCAAAAGCACAACUCCCAUAUCCGAAUGCAGCAUUUCACAAUCACCUUUUUCCCCAUUUCCUCCUUCCUGGGGAGAUGAGCCCAUGCAAUCCUUCAGAGAUGUUAUGGCUUCUGAAGACGAAGAAGAAAUUGUUACUACAGAGAUGGGGUCUCCACCCCUCCAGAAGAAGAGUCCUCUGGCGGGGUCAUUAGACCAAAUCCCAAAUAGAAUAGGGGGUUCACUGUCUCCUGAAAUUUCCAGUAACAAAACAGACUCUCAAGAUUCCAAAACACCAAACCUCACGACAUGUGAGGUCUGUGGCACCUGCUUCGAGACACGCAAGGGCCUGUCCAGUCAUGCCCGUUCUCACUUACGUCAGCUUGGUGUGGCUGAGUCUGAGAGCAGUGGAGCUCCCAUCGAUUUACUGUAUGAACUGAUGAAGCAGAAGGGCAAAGUGGACAGCGGCCCCAUCUCUCCAAGUCUUAGCAAAAAAUCUGCUUCUCCCAAAGAAGGGACUGCAGGGUCCACACGGCCAACACUACUGCCUCUCAGCAAAGCUCCAGAACAGCUCCAGGAGCCACCUGUAAACAAAGCAAUCAAAUCCCCUCCAGGUUUCACCCCCAAGAAUGUUGCCCAACCAGCAUCUCCCCUAUUCAAGAAAGUGGUUCCUGCUCUGCCUGGUUCUCCUCUGCCAAAGAACCCUGAAGACAAAAGCCCCAAACUACCGUUGAGCCCUCUGCAGAGUUCUCCUAACGCACAGUGGCCGCAGCCGGAGGAAGAAGGCCCCUUAAAUCUAACUGUAGAUAGUGAUUCGGGCAGAGAAAAUGACUGCCAGUUAUGUGGUGCCUGGUUUGAAACCAGAAAGGGGCUGUCGAGUCACGCUAGAGCCCACCUGAGACACCUGGGAGUGAGCGAUCCAGAUGCUAAAGGAUCUCCUAUUGAUGUUUUAAAUGAGCUCAUCAAAAAUGAAGACUUCAAAGGCCAUCUUUCUUCUCUCCUCUCUAGUGAGAGAGAAUCAUUAGGGGAGACUGAGAGCUCUGAUGGACCGAGCCCAAAGAGCACAGCUACAGCAGCGCCUGCCACAGGCAUGAAACAAGUACAUUCACCAAGGCCUUUGGGCAAACAGCCAUCUCUACUCUCACCUCAAUCCCCUCCAUCAUCCAAGAAAAUGAAGCCAAAUGGUCACAGGCUGUCAGCUGUGGCCAAUCUUCAAAGAAAACAGGGUCUUUCAUCCAGUGCGUACUGGGCAUCAGAUGCUGAGAUGGCUCCACUCAAUCUCUCUUCUGGAGCAGAACCUGUGCGCGACAUCAGGUGUGAGUUCUGUGGUGAAUAUUUUGAGAACCGGAAAGGGCUCUCCAGCCAUGCCAGAUCACACUUGCGACAAAUGGGAGUGACUGAGUGGUAUGUAAAUGGCUCUCCCAUCGACACACUCCGAGAAAUUAUGAAGCGGCGAUCACAGCCUCGGACCAGUACCUCCAGCUCUCCAGCCCAAGGUCAAAAAUCAGUUGCCCUGCCUGUUCUUGGAAGCUCUCUGGAGCCCCACAGUCCAGGGGAAGGUCAUGUGUCUGCAAUCCCUAAGAAGGCACACCCUCCAGGGAGCCCCAUGGGGCAUUCAUCUACCUCAUCUUCUCCCCCAACUGCUAGAAAAAUAUUCCCAGGGCUUCCUUCUCCUUCCUCUCUGCACAAGAAGCUGAAACAAGACCAAUUGCACAUGGAAAUCAAGCGAGAAAUGUUGUCUGGGGGACUUCACAACGAUUCGCAUCUGUCUGAUAGAGCUUGGUCACCACGAGAAGAUAUGUCCCCACUCAAUCUCUCUUCUCGUGCUGACCCUGUGCGGGAUAUUCGGUGUGAAUUUUGUGGUGAGUUUUUUGAGAACCGAAAAGGACUUUCCAGCCAUGCGAGGUCCCACUUACGCCAGAUGGGUGUAACUGAAUGGUCAGUCAAUGGCUCCCCCAUUGACACACUUCGAGAAAUUAUAAAGAAAAAGAACAAGCCAUACUUCAUAAAGAAGGAGCCAAACACAAUGAGCAUUGAGCUUCCAAAAUCCAUGGGAGAUGAGGGAUUUGAUCCUAAAUCCCAUGGGAAAAUGCUGCAGUCCAUGACCUUGUCCCCCUUGGGUGGGAGGACUGGAAAACCAAAUCUUGGUCGAGAGGUCUCUCUCUCCCCACUCAAAUCACAGGAGGGAUUCUUUACGACACUGUCCACUAAGCGUCCACUGUCAGAUGAGCGUCUGAGUAUUCACCACAGUGAAAUGAAGCAUAAAACCUACAUCCAGACUGAACUGCCAUUCAAAGCCAAGCAUAUGCAUGAAAAGCCCACUCAUACAUCCAGCGAAGCCUGCUGCGAACUCUGUGGCCUCUACUUUGAGAACCGUAAGGCACUGGCCAGCCAUGCUCGUGCGCAUCUCAGACAGUUUGGAGUGACUGAGUGGUGUGUGAACGGCUCCCCGAUCGAGACUUUAAGUGAAUGGAUCAAGCAUCGCCCCCAGAAAGCCGGAGCCUAUCGCAGCUAUAUCCAGGGAGGACGGCCCUUUACCAAGAAGUUCCGCAACGCCUCUCAUUUUCGUGAAAUCGACCUCUCUGGGAAGAGGGUUCCCCUGAGUCUGCAUGCAGGCAGCCCUCUACUGGCAAGCAGAAGCCUACUAGGGGAGAUGUUACCCAGUGAGCCCAGCAAAGCUGUGGAUUGUGGUAGCAGUGGUGAGCGGCCUGUAGUCACAUCCCCUCUGUCUCUGGUGAAGGUGGAGGAGCAUCAGCACCAUAACAUCAACAAGUUUGAACGGAGGCAGGCCAAACCCAUUGAGGCUCCUCUACCUCGGGAAGAUGAGGCCAGUGAUGUGCAGCAGAAGGCUGAUGAGGCUCGCCAGCCACCUCUUAGAGUGAGACCAGUGCCCUCUUUGGUUCCAAGGCCACCACAGACUUCUUUGGUUAAGUUUGUAGGCAACAUCUAUACACUGAAGUGCAGGUUUUGCGAAGUGGAGUUCCAGGGCCCCCUCUCCAUCCAAGAAGAAUGGGUGCGGCACCUCCAGCGCCAUAUCUUGGAGACUAACUUCUCCAAGGCAGAUGGCCUGAGAAGUGAGAUCGAUGUGCCUAUGGCACCACCUAUUGCGGAGGCUCAGUAGCAAAGCUCUUAGGAAGCACAACCAUUCCAGGGUUCCUCCCUUACCUUUCCAGAUGAACAAGAGUAAUGGUUAACAAACAGGGCCGGAAGCAGUAUUUGACCUUCUGGAUUCCACAGCUUCAUUUCAGAGAUAGGUAUCUGUAGGCUGACUUGGAUUUUGGGAGGUUGGGAAAAGUCCCAGCAUUUAAGCACUAAAUGAACCAUGCUGUUUCUAUUAGUGAUGCUCUUUAUUGACAGCAGUGGUACUCCAGAUUGGAGUUUGCCCUUGGGCAUUCUGUUUGCACAGAGCUGAGGGUGUGGAACAAAGUGAAAUGGGAAUUUCCUUGUCCUUCCAGUGAAUCCAAGUUUCUCCAAAGACACACUCUCAUAGGAAGCAUGUGCUUGCUCUGUUACAGCUCAGGCUGUAAGAGAUUUGAUGGUGAGAGUUGUGAAUAUGAGGUUCUAGUGAAAGUUGUGAACAUGAGGAUCUGUGUGAAGCCAAGCUUAGUCAAGAUGGGAGGGUGGAUGCAGAACUGUUUUGUUCUGUGGGGAAAGUUGUUGAUUCUGUAUGUGACCUUAGAGUUGAUGUGCGUUUGACUCCUUAGGUGACAAGUCUUUAGUUUCUGUAGAUGUUGGGUCCUGUUGUGCAUGUACAUGUCCUCCAACUAUGUGUACUGGGGAUUGGUCCCAUCAGCAGCAAAGCGGAAGUCAUUAAUCUCUUGACCAUAUACACUUCCCCUUUUCCUCACUUCCUGAUACCCCUUGGUUAUCCCUGUCUUUUUCAUGUGGGACCCUUCAUUUAGGAAACCCAGCUCUGCCAUUAUUAUGAUAAUCAGAUUUUGGCAGAGGAAUAUGUUGCAUUUCUUGUCUUUAGCCCUGAAAUGAAGUAUGGGUCAUGAUUUCCCAUUGGUGACAUCUGCCUGAAAUCAGUGGUAACAUGUCCUUUUGACCAAUUCUGAAUUAUCAUGUUCUUUUCAAGAGUACAUGGAAGGCUGAGGGGAGCUUAGCCUUCUGGACUUCUUGGUGGAAGGGAUGUGAUCCUCCUUUCUAGCAGACCCUUGGUGCCGUUCCCAAAUCAGCAACAGUAGACCCUGUUGGAAUUCCUGCUUUCCUGUUUUUGGUUACUGUUGCUGUCCUUUUUCUCUCUUCAUAGAACCUCAACUUUUUAAACUCUAGUUUUGUGUAGAAAUAACAAACAUUUGUUUUUAUUUGGAGCCGGGCUGAGAAGAGCCUGGGAAAAAAUUACCUUUUAACUUUUCCAGUGGGCAUAUUCUGGUUAUUACUGUAUCUAGGAAUAUGUAUAUUAGAUUAAAUUCUGUUCUGGAAACAAAA